AUGAAGGAUUCUCUCCCUGGAGAUAUCACUCUACGGAUAUUCUCACUGCUUCCACUGUAUCUUGUCCUCAGACUAAGGUUGGUUUGCAAGGCUUGGUAUGCACUAAUCACUGAAUUUGCGGUCAAAUACUUGAAACGCUCAAAGGAAACCUCUCUUGGGAUCCUUUGCUGUAACUCUCGUUGUAUUUCUUCCGGUGUGUUUUCCCUUGACAUAUCUUCUUUACAAAUAAGAGGUGAUAUUAAGACUUUGGUGACAAAAACCUUGUCUAUCUCUCCCCGAUUCGCAUUCAAUAGUUCUAUAAACGGUUUGAUUUGCUUGGACGAUGCCAAACACAAUAUUCAUGUAUUUAAUCCCACCACCGGAGAGUUUGUUACUCUUCCACCUUGUCAUCUCAGUUCUUAUGUAAUUGGGUUUGGAUAUUCUUAUAUAACUGGGUUUGGAUAUUGUCCUUUGACAAAGCAAUAUAAAGCGGUCAAAAUUUUUCAAGAUUUUUUUAAAUUCGGAACUCCAAUCAAGGCUGCAGUAAUAACCAUGGGUGCUCCUUCUAAUUCAUGGAGAAUCAUUGAAAGUAGUCCACCAUACAAAUGCGAUGGGGGAGCAAUCUAUUUGAAUGGUACUCUAUUCUGGUUGAGUUGUACUGAAGAAAUUAUGCAACUUGCCAUUACAGCAUUUGAUGUCAGUGAUGAAACAUUCCGAAUUAUCCGUCUACCUCCAAAAGUUUUAAGUCGUAAUCUGAAUUGCUUGGCAGAACAGGAAGGAAGGUUGUGUUUAGUUAAAUUCGACCGCGAGAAGGAAUAUUUUGAGAUAUACAACAUGCUAGAGGAUUUUCAAUGGAUAUCUCAAUAUAGAGUCUCUAUAAAUGAUUUUGAACCACAUUGUGCAAACCACUAUUUUUGUGGUUAUGUAUUCAUAUGUCUCAAGAAAGGGAAAAUGACACUAUGGUCAAAAUUGAUGCAAAAAUGGAUUUUCUAUGAUAUCAAGAGUAGAGCCAUUGAAACUAUUCAAGUUGGUGACGCUAAUGAGAAAAUGAUUACAAGUCCUGAUCUAUUAAUUUGUCCUUAUGAGGAAAGUUUGACCCCUAUUUGUAGUUGCUAA